ACUUAGUACGGGGGUCAUCCUCUGGUCUGGUUCUAUCUCAUUGCAGCCAGCUACAAUGAUUUCAUUCCUUACAUGAAAUCCAGUACGGUAAAACUGUAGACGACUCGAACUUCUUUCCAAAAACAGCAGCCAUGACAAACACCACCUAAGGAGUAAGGAUUUCCCGGUUGUGGACUCCUUCGAUGUGCUCGCUUGACCUCAGGAAGAAUCGCCGUCCUCUUUCGUGAGAUGCAAGGUUAAAAGUUAAAACAGGCUUUUGCAGAAGAACCCUAGCAACUUCAAUUGUUCACGUUGUUCAAGCAUCUUGUUAGUACUUGCGUGGUGCAUCAAUGUUUAAAUGAAGGACGUAAAACAGAAUCCAGUCAUUGAUGUUCAGUUGGUGAAAAAAUGAGUAGACCAACCACCCGCAGUAAAAAUAAGAGGCACAAACCUGACAACAAUGAAGGAUUUUCAUCUGAAAUCUUGAGGAAAAUUCAUUUAACGGGUGAGAUAACCGAAGAUGAUAUUCACCAACUAUAUAUGAUCUGGAAGCCUGUUUGUCAAGGGUGCCGUAUAAAUACGAAGGACAAUCCGAAUUGCUUUUGUGGGUUGGUUCCGCCUUCUGGUGGAACCAGGAAAUCUGGCUUAUGGCAAAAGAUGUCAGAUAUUGUCCUUUCUCUUGGUCCAGAUCCUUGCAAGGAUCUUCGUGUCUCCAAUGAAUCACCUGCAGGCUUAACAAACCUAGGUGCUACCUGCUACGCUAAUAGUAUCCUUCAGUGCCUUUACAUGAACACAGCAUUCAGGAGAGGUGUUUUCUCUAUUGAACUAGAUCUUUUGAAGAAACAACCUGUGUUGCAUCAACUUGCACGACUUUUUGCACAGUUGCAUUCCAGCAAAAUGGCUGUUAUUGAUUCAGCUCCUUUUAUUAAGACUUUGGAGUUGGACAAUGGUGUUCAGCAGGAUAGCCAUGAAUUCCUCACCUUACUUCUUUCUUUGCUGGAACGGUCUCUAAGGCACUCCAAAAUUUCUAAAGCAAGAACAAUUGUUCAGGAUCUUUUUCGUGGAAGUGUGUCAAAUGUUACUCGGUGCUCAAUGUGUGGAAGAGAUUCUGAAGCUUCAUCAAAGAUGGAAGACUUCUAUGAGCUUGAGUUAAAUAUCAAGGAUAUGAAAAAUUUGAAUGAGAGUCUUGAUGAUUACCUAAGCGUGGAAGAGCUGAAGGGUGAUAAUCAAUAUUUUUGUGAGUCUUGUGGGGAGCGAGUUAAUGCAACCCGUUGUAUUAAACUGCGCACACUUCCUUAUGUUCUUAAUUUUCAGCUAAAGCGUUAUGUUUUCCUUCCUAAGACUACAACGAAGAAGAAAAUAACUUCUCUAUUCAGCUUUCCUAGAGAGCUUGAUAUGGGACGGCGGUUAUCUGAGCCCUCUCUGUUGGAGCUGAUAUAUGACCUGUCAGCUGUACUGAUUCACAAGGGAAAUGCUGUCAACAGUGGCCAUUAUGUUGCACACAUAAAGGAUGAGCAUACUGGGCAGUGGUGGGAAUUUGAUGAUGAGCAUGUCUCCAUGUUGGGUGAUCACCCAUUUGGGGAAGGAUCCUCAUCCUCCACUGCUAAACCUGUUUGGAAUGAGCCACUUGUGCAGUCAUCUUGCACUGGAGAAAAAGACUCCACGGUUAAUGGAAAUCUUAUAAACACUGGUGAUGUACAGAUGUUUUCAUCAGCUGAUGCAUAUAUGCUCAUGUAUAAGCGUAGAACCAUUCAGAAGGUUGAUAACAUGCAACUCACAGGCUGUGGCUCCAGCAAUAUGGAAACACCUGAAAAGCUAGUUUAUGAAAGUAAUAAUUAUUGUCCUCCAUUCCAUCUUCUUGAAGAGAUAAAAGAAUUAAACGAAUCAUACGAUGACACUUGCCAACAAUACAAGUUGAAGAAAGAAAAGGAGGUGGAGAAUAUUACAGAACGGAGACAAGAAGUAAGAUCAGUUCUUUCUGAAGUCCCUGUGCAUCCACUUGAGGAGUCAUACUUUUGGAUCUCAACAGAUUGGCUCCGUCAGUGGGCUGAUAGCAUUACUCCUCCUGUGCUUGAUAACACCUCCAUUCAGUGCUUGCACGGAGGAGUUCCUGUCUCAAAAGUUGGUGCCAUGAAGCGGUUGUCAACUAAUGCUUGGAACAAGUUACUCUUGAAGUAUAAUGGGGGCCCAGCACUGAGCAAUAAAGAUAACUGCAUCAAUUGCCUUCUGGAUGGGGCACACUCUAUGGUCAGUGCUGAUAACUACAGGGAUCGAAGAGCAUCCAUGAAGGAACUUGCAGAGGCUGCACUUGCUGGAAGGAGUUUUGAUGGACCAUUGUAUUAUGUAUCUAGGGCAUGGUUGUUACAGUGGUUACGGAGAAAAAAUGUUGAUUCCCCAUGUGAAGCAGAUGCUGGGCCAACAGCUUCAAUUAGGUGCCCUCAUGGUUUACUGAUGCCAGAACAAGCUGCCGGGGCAAAGCGUUUAUUGGUUCCUGAGAGCCUCUGGCUUUUCUUCUAUGAAAGUGCUAAUGCAGUGAAACCUGAUGAUCUUUUGGGUUGUUCAACUUUCCCUGUGGAUUCUGAAGUUUGUGCUCGAUGCAGUGCAGAACUUUCGCAAGUGGCAUGCUUGGAGGAUAGUCUUAGAGCAGCCAAGCUCAAACAGCGCCAGAAUCAUGAGAAGUUGGUCCUGGGAAAAAACAUUGCACUUUCUCCAGGUUGCAGGUAUUAUUUAUUGCCUUCAUCAUGGCUGACAAAGUGGAGAACCUAUAUCACUGCUAGUGGCAAGAAUGUUUCUGCAUCUGUUGAACCUGAAAGCUUGGACAACAUUCUUGAUUCCCUUAAAUGUGAGAAGCAUUCACAUUUGCUAGAAAGGCCUCUCAGUCUAACCUACAAGCGAGGCAUUGUUGUCCAAAGGGUGUCUAAUACAGAUGGUUUAACCAUUAUUACAGAGGAUGACUGGAAAUUCUUUUGUGAAGAGUGGAACUGUACUGAGGAGAAAGGUAUAUCUGCCAAAAUUGAGUUCCCUAACUGUGUGUCAAACAAAUUACCUGGGUCUUGCAAAGAUGUACCAGUUUUAGAUGAACAUCUGAGCAUAUCUCUUGAUGAAGCAAAUGAUGAAGCUGAAUCCAGUCUUCCUAUUAUUAAGACUAUUCCAGAGAUAUGCGAGAAUUGCAUAGGAGAAAGAGAAAGCUGUGAGCUAAUGCGGAAACUUAGUUAUUGUAAUGAGAACAUAUGUGUAUACCUUGUACGUGGUAAGGAAGCUCCAAGAUCAAUUUUAGAAGCUUCUGCUACUUUUGUUGAUUCAGAUCGUCGGACCUCCAAACGAUCACGGAAAACACCUUUUGGCAACUCUGUAAAUUUGAAGGUUUCUGGGUCCACAUCAAUCUACCAGUUGAAAAUGAUGAUAUGGGAAUCCUUAGGGGUUGUCAAGGAGAAUCAGAUACUUCAUAAAGGUUCCAGGGUUAUUGAUGGGGAAUCAGCUACUUUAGCUGACAUGAAUAUAUUUUCUGGUGAUGUCCUGUGGGUGACAGAUUCAGAAGUCCAUGAGAAUCGUGAUAUUGCUGAUGAGCUCUCGGAAGGGAAAAUGGUGGUAGAGCAAACAGAGGCAGGAUUUCGAGGAACUCUUUUGACAUCAAAUAUCACAACUCAGUUAUUGAUACAGGAAAAGUAGUCUCUUAAAGCUUCAACCUGAUACAUGGAGUGAACAGGACAGAAGGCACAAUUUUUGCUGAUAUAUCUAUCCUUCUGUGGCAUGGGAUCUGGAACACAGUAUACUUCACAUGUAGUUGGUGGUCUUCCUUCAUUUUUUGGUUCUGGGUGUUUUUUUUUUUUUGAGAAGUUGCUUAUUAACGGGAUGUUCCCAUACUAGUUCCCAACAACCACUCCUCCAACCCCACUGGAUUUAUUGCCCUUUGAAAGGGGAAAAUAACUAUAAGAAAGCUAUGUCAUAUAAAGUUGUUUCUUUUAAUUUAGUAUCCUGAUAGUCAAGAAACAUAAAUUCCAAUCCUUCGUUUGUUAACUAGCAGUAACCAGUGUUACGCAUCAUGCAUAGGUUGGUAUCAUGGUAGUGUGGGAAAGUGGGGAGUGACUUUAGUAAAUCCAACAAACAUAUUAUAAGCAAAAAUUCAGCCCAA